UUGAAAUCAAGUUACAGUGUGUUUACUCGAUGCAAGCGGCAAUUAUUUUUUAGUGGGUUUCGCAUUGUUUAAUCACAGUCUAUUGAGACAGUGAUAGUAAAAUGGAGGACGAUAAUAAUUUGUACCAUAAACUGAAGAAAUUUGCCAAGAUCAAUGAACAUUUUCGGAAAGAGUUUGAGUUGUCUGAAACGAAUACUACUUUGAGUAGGUCUAGUAGAAAUAGAUCUCUUCUAAAUUACAUUGCUACUGAAUUAUUACAUGUUGCACAAUAUUUUAAUGAGAUUGUAACACUAUUUUCAAAGGAGCUGCCCAUUUUGUUAAAUAUUGUGAUUCACAACAAUAUUUCAGAAAAUUUUGAUUAUGAAAAACAUGUUUUAACUUGUUUUGUGCUCAGUAAAAUUGUCCAAAAACGUGGUGACUUGGCCAGUUACACACUAAAAUAUUUUGAAAAACAUCCAUCUCCUUUUGAAGAUAAGUCUCAUAAUACACCAAAAAAACGAAAAAUUGCUAAAACAAUGCUUGUUAAUGAGUUGGAAUUAAUUGAAGUAGAAAGUACAUACCAUAUUUUAAAAACAAAUCCAGACCAUUUUAGAAAUGUCUGGAGUUGGUGUUAUUUUUUAAAUAAAUUUGUGACCAAUACAGAUAGUCGAGUAAAAUGGGUUGUUUGUCAUAUUUUGUCUAUCUUGUUUGGAUUCAGUGAAAACCAACUUGAAAGACUAAUAAAAUCACAUAUGAAUGAAGGUUUGGCCAGAGAAUACCUGUGUACUUUUAAUCUAAACUCAUCACUUAUCAAUGUGACACCAACUACUUUAAUAGACAAACAUCCACAAAUUUCAUCAUUACCUAAAGUCUUGGAUGUUGAUAAUAUUGUAAAUAUCUGUGGAAUUUAUCUACCAACUUGUGGAAGACCCAUAGAAACUGAAUAUUUGUUAGAAGUAAAAUCAACAACAAAAAACUUGAGAAAAAUUGCCCUGGGAUUGACUUCCAAUAAAGCCAUUUGCCUACAAGGUCCAGUAGGAAGUGGUAAAACUAGUUUAGUAGAAUAUUUAGCAUCGAAAACUGGACGAAUAAUCGGAAAAAAUUUUGUCAAAGUUCAAUUAGGGGACCAAACUGACAGUAAAAUGUUACUGGGGACUUAUAGAUGUACAGAUAUUCCAGGAGAAUUUGUAUGGCAACCAGGAGUGUUAACUCAGGCUGUUGUGGAAGGAAACUGGUUGCUUCUAGAAGAUAUUGAUUCUGCUAGCAUGGAUAUAGCAUCAGUUUUAACUAGUUUAUUAGAAAAUCAUUGUUUAACUGUACCUGGAUACAAAGAUUCUGUACCUGUAGAUCCCAAAUUCCAACUAUUUGUUACUCAAAGACUAGUCACAACAAUUACUGGUCAUCACAAAAAACACUCCAAUGCCAUGUCUUUGUUGGACAAGCAUUUGCUGCAAAUUAAUAUUGAUCCCCUCUCUACAGAGGAUUUGACUGAAAUUCUUCUCACUCGCUACUCACAAUUCAGUACCAUCACAGACCGUAUGAUCAACGUUUUCCAACUUUUCAAUCAAACUUCUUCAGACAAAAAGAUGAUGACACUUCCUAAAAGUGGCAGAUUGAUUUCGACGCGAGACUUUUUCAAGUGGUGUUCAAGAGCCAUAAUCGAUUUUGAAGUGAGCAGCCAAACUAGUGCCUUGAAAGUUUUACAGGAUGCCAUAGAUGUUUUCUGUUGUUCAUAUGCUGACUCUGAAGAAGCAUUAAAAUUGGCAAUUGAAAUUAGUACAAAUUUGAGUAUUAUUAAUCAAAAAGCUGAAUACUUCUUUAAAGCGUACAAGCCUGAUAUGCAGUUGACAGCUGGUAAUUUAGUAGCAGGGCGUGCGUCUAUGAAAAGGGAGGUCAAUUUGUAUAGCAAACAGACCAAAUUCUCUUUUACAAGACCUUCAGCAGUUUUAUUAGAACGUAUCAUGUGCUGUAUUAAUUUACAAGAACCGGUACUUUUGGUCGGCGAAACAGGUACAGGAAAAACGUCUUCAAUCCAGUUCCUGGCUAAUACAGUUGGACAAAAGUUGGUGGUGAUCAACAUGAAUCAGCAGUCAGACUCAGCAGAUUUGUUAGGCGGAUAUAAACCUGUGGAUUUCAAGUUUAUUAUUGCGCCAAUCCGACGAGAGUUCGAAUCUAUAUUCUGUGACUACUUCAAGGUGGAACCUAAUAAGAAAUAUCUCAGUAACAUCGCAAUGUGCUUCAACACACAUAGGUGGAAUGAUUUAUUGAAGCUUAUGAUGCAAAGUUAUGAUGCUGCCAUAAAACGUUUAGGAGUGGCCAUUGUGGAAUCGAAUGAGAAGCGUGAUUCGAAAAAGUUUCAAAAGGAAGAGAAAUUCUUGGAACGUUGGAAUAUUAUUGGUGAAAAAUUGCAGAAACUGAGUGUUCAAUUAAAACAACAAAAUUCGUUGGCGUUCGCAUUUAUCGAAGGUAGUUUGGUGAAGGCUGUUGAGAAUGGAUAUUGGGUGCUCUUGGACGAGAUAAAUCUGGCAAAUGCGGAGACUUUGGAAUGUCUUUCAGGAUUAUUGGAAGGAUCGCGAGGAUCUCUAUGUCUUUUGGAAAGGGGAGAUAAGCAACCCGUUACGAGACACAGGAAUUUCACCCUAUUUGCUUGCAUGAAUCCUUCCACUGACGUGGGGAAGAAAGACUUACCUCCAGGAUUAAGGAAUCGUUUCACUGAGUUUUAUGUGCACGAACUGACCGAGAAGUCUGAUCUUUUGCUUCUCGUUGAUAAUUAUCUUCAGGCUAUGUCAUUAAAGGACAAAGAUCUAAACAUGAUUGUAGACUUUUAUUUAAAAGUUAGAAAAGAAACCAUUACUAGUUUGUCUGAUGGUCUAGGACACAAACCACACUAUUCCCUGAGAUCUCUGUGUCGAGCUUUGAUGAUAGCUUCAAGCAACCCAUGUGGUAUAUUCAAAAGAAGUCUUUAUGAAGCCUUUUGUUUGGGAUUUUUGACCCAACUUGAUUCCACUUCAUAUAAUAUAGUUCAGAAAAUGAUUACAAGUUACAUACUUGGUGAUGAAAAGGCAGUAAAAGCAAUAAUGAAACAACCAAUUCCUGAACCACAAGAUGGUGAAAAAUACCUACAAUUUGAAGGCUAUUGGGUACACAAAGGUUCUUUAGAGCCUAACCCACCAGAAGAAUACAUAUUAACCGAUUCCGUCAGACGUAACCUAAAAGAUUUGGUGCGAGUCGUCUCCAUAGGGAAACUACCCGUUCUAUUACAAGGUGACACUUCCGUCGGAAAAACAAGUUUGAUCACAUACCUGGCUAAAUCUAGCGGUAAUAAGUGUGUGAGAAUCAACAACCACGAACACACUGACUUGCAGGAAUAUAUCGGUUCGUAUGUGGCUGACGCCAGCGGAAAACUUGUGUUCCGCGAAGGACUUUUGGUGGAAGCAAUGCGAAAGGGGCAUUGGAUAAUCCUGGACGAAUUGAAUUUAGCCCCUACCGAUGUUUUAGAAGCGUUGAACAGAGUUUUGGAUGAUAACCGGGAGUUGUUCAUACCCGAGACUCAGGAAACUGUUAAAGCUAAUCCCAACUUCAUGUUAUUUGCCACACAAAAUCCACCAGGCUCUUAUGGUGGUAGAAAAAUGUUGUCCAGGGCCUUCAGAAAUCGUUUCGUUGAGCUGCACUUCAAUGAAAUUCCCUCACCAGAGUUGGAAUUUAUAUUACACAAAAGAUGUCAAAUGCCGCCUUCUUACGCUAAGAAGAUGAUCAAUGUAAUGACAGAACUACAGGUCAGAAGGAAAGGUUCAGCAGCAUUUGCAGGUAAGCAAGGGUUCAUGACCCUCAGAGAUUUGUUCAGAUGGGGUGAGAGAUACAGAUUAGCCCCCAAAAUUGAGAAAUUGUACGAUUGGGAUCAACAUUUAGCUGACGAGGGUUACCUCGUAUUAGCUGGAAAAGUGAGAAGAGUUGAGGAAAAAAAAGAAAUCAUUACUGUUUUGGAGAAACACCUGAAAAGAAAAGUUAAUCCAGAACACUUGUUUACUUUAUCCAACAAAUGUUCGACGAUCACCAAACAUAUUCUGGAAAAAAUAGAACGUAACAAAAGUAAAAACAAAAAUAUCGUUUGGACCUUUAACAUGAGACAACUUGCUGUGUUGGUAUCUAAGGCGUUGGAGUUCAAAGAACCCGUACUUUUGGUCGGUGAAACUGGAGGCGGUAAAACUACAAUCUGUCAACUAAUAGCUGAAGGAAACAAACAAGAACUGCUAACUGUUAAUUGCCACAUGCACACGGAAAGCAGCGAUUUUAUUGGCGGUUUGAGACCAGUUAGAGACCACUCUGAGGACACCAAUAAACUGUUUGAAUGGGUCGACGGACCUUUAGUCCAGGCCAUGGUUAAAGGAAAUAUCUUCUUGGCUGAUGAAAUAUCACUGGCUGAUGAUAGUGUGUUAGAAAGGCUGAACUCCCUCCUAGAGCCUGAACGUUCUCUGUUACUGGCCGAAAAGGGCAUCGAUUUAAAUAACAGCAAGAAUUCGGAACUGUUGGUGGCCCACUCCAAUUUCCACUUUAUUGGAACCAUGAACCCAGGCGGUGACUUUGGUAAAAAGGAAUUGUCGCCGGCUUUGAGGAACAGAUUCACUGAAAUUUGGUGUGAGUCGUGCACCGAUAAAGACGAUUUAAUAUCCAUAAUCGAGCAUAAUGUUAAACCUGGCAUUUCCUUUGGUGGCCAACAAGACAAACUUAGUGGAAUUGGUAAAAACAUUAUGGGCUUCGUUGAAUGGUUCCAAAGUACCGAACUUGGAAAAAAAUUUACCAUCAGUAUUCGUGACAUUUUAACUUGGGUCAACUUUAUAAACGCAUGUGUUGAAAAAAUUGACUUGUCAGAUGCUUAUAUACACGGGGCUUUCUUGACAUUUUUGGACAGCUUAGGUUCAGGAGCAACAAGUACAGAAAACCUAAGAAAUCUGGAAAUAUUCAGAAAACAAUGCGAGUCUUUCUUAUGGAAACAGAUAGAGACGUCAGCAAAAAUAAAACCUAGACCUUUCAAUAAAUUGGCCAUGGAAAUAACUGAUAAGACCUUUGGUAUUAAACCUUUCUACAUAAAUAAGGGUCCUUAUAUUGAUUGUAAAGAACAUUUCUCCUUCAAUGCCCCAACAACAAUGUUCAACACCUUGCGUUUGAUUAGAGGAAUGCAAUUGAACAAGGCCAUACUUCUGGAAGGAAGUCCUGGCGUCGGCAAAACUAGUCUAGUUACUGCCUUAGCCAAACACACUGGCCACAAAAUCUUCAGAGUCAACCUGUCAGACCAAACUGACAUUUCCGACUUGUUUGGGGCUGACUUACCGAUUGAAGGUGGCGUUGGUGGUCAGUUCUCUUGGAGGGACGGCCCUCUGUUACAGGCCCUGAAACAAGGCGACUGGGUUCUGUUAGACGAGCUGAAUUUAGCCUCGCAGUCCGUUUUGGAAGGUUUGAACGCGUGCUUCGAUCACAGAGGAGAAGUCUUCAUACCGGAAUUGGGGAAAACGUUCCAUAUUAAACCCGGCACAAGAUUUUUUGGAUGCCAGAAUCCGUUGAAGCAAGGCGGAUCACGUAGGGGUCUGCCUAAGUCGUUCUUGAACAGGUUUAUUCAAGUUUACGUUAAUUCGUUGACGGAGGAGGACUUGAAGUUCAUUUUGGAGAACCAAUUCCAAAAUAUUCCUAAGGAAACGUUGUCGCUGAUGUUGGAGUUUAAUUCGAAAGUAGUCCGGGAAUUGGAAAGUCACACGUUCGGUCACAAAGGAGCCCCUUGGGAGUGUAAUCUUAGAGACUUAACUAGGUGGUGUGAAGCUGUUUUGUUCAGCUAUGAGAAAAAUCCUUGUGAAAACAAGCAAUUCCAGCCUGAAAGUUUGGUGAAUUUAAUUUACGGUGACAGGAUGAGGACCGUCAGUGACAAGAACAAAAUUGUCGAAAUAUUCGAAAGUGUUUUCGGUCGGAAGGUCUCGAAAAAUGAUCCGGUUUUAUACGUUAAUAAAGAGUCGGUGUACUUAGGCGAAGUAUCGAUCAGUCGCGAUAAGGAAAAUUUCAAUUACAACAUGUGGAAACAGGACAAUACUUGUCUAGUGCUGCGCUCACAAUUGGCUACUUUGAGGAGUCUGGCCUAUUGUGUAAACUUGGGAUGGAUGUCGAUAUUGGUGGGCAACUCUGGAUGUGGCAAAAGCAGUGUCGUGAAAACGUUGUCCAAUUUGUGCGGGAAAUGCUUGAAAACUUUGCCAGUGACGUCUGCGAUGGACACCACAGAUAUACUAGGCGGUUUUGAACAGACUGACUACAGUAGGCAUUUGGAUGAAAUAACUAGAGCCACCGAAAGAUUAGUGAUGGAGACGAUGCAAGAACUUUUGAUUGCCGGAAAAACCAAGAAUAUUUUAGGACUGUUUAAUGUGUGGGAGUCCUUUAAGGAAGUGGAUGAAACAACCAACACCACCAUGGAAGAAGAGGCCAAACUCUUUGUGAGAAAAGUAUCAAAACUCGAAAGUGUCUGGGAUAAACUGGACGAAAUAACUUACAAAGGGAAAUCGACCACCAUCAAACAUUUGAGGCAAAAAGGAGCUACGAUAAGCACCUGUGUGAAGAAAGAAGGCUCAUUGAACGCCGGUGGAAAAUUCGAAUGGGUUGACUCAAUGCUCACAAAGUGCCUACAAGAUGGAAGCUGGCUGCUCAUAGACAAUGUAAAUCUGUGUAGUGCUGCCGUUUUGGACAGACUGAACGCCCUCCUUGAACCUAACGGAGUGUUGACUAUAGCGGAAAGAGGUGUGGAUAGUGAGGGCCGAAUGGUUCAAAUUAAACCUCAUAAGGACUUCAGACUUUUCCUCACAAUGGAUCCUAAGAAUGGUGAAAUAUCCAGAGCUAUGAGGAACAGAGGCAUAGAAAUAUACAUGUUAAACGAUGACAAGCCAAUAACGGAAGAUCUAUUGGAUCUAAAAAGUUUAAUAAGUCUUAAAGGUCUAAAAGUGCCACAAUUACUAGAAUUUCUCAUAAAGGUGCACCAAGCAGUUAGUAAUUUAAUACUAGGUGAAAAACCUACUAUCAACGAAAUUCUGCAAUCCUCCUUCCUCAUUUCCCAACAACUCAAUUAUGGAGUUGUUGAUUAUGUGGAUGUAAUCCUUGAGGUUUAUUACAAAAGCAGGUCGUCUGUGGAAUUCGACUCCAGUGAUCCAGUUGCAGAAAUUACUAGCCUAGUAAAAUCUACCUUAAAAGACGUGAACAGUAUCCAUUCUGAGGGUGAACUAAAUAGUAUUUUCAAUGACAAUAUCACCUUGAGAACUGAAGAGUUGCAAAUUAUUUCAGACAUAGCUAAAGUAAAACAACAAUCAGCGGUACUUCAAAGCCUUAUUCCAUUCAGAAGCACUGACCGCAUUGAAAACAUAUUCCGUUGUGCCCUUGCUAAUGCCUACGGUAUUGCAAGCACUGAAGAUCUGGAAAUUCGUCAUUUAUAUUUGAAAAACCUUUUAAGUAGAAAGGAUGAUCAAACUUUGAUAAGUAACUUCAAAUUGCUUCUAGCAAACGCUUUUGGAUACACUAAGUUACCCUUAGAUCCCCGAUGGGUACCAGAUAUUUCGUUCAAAGAAAAGAUAAUUGAGAAAGGAAACAACCUUAAUUUGAGUUUACAAACAGCAAUACAAUAUCAUGCAGAAAAACUACGUCAAAGCGAGUACAAAGCGGAGAUGAAAAAGAGUAAGAAACUCAGCCUCUACGACUACAUGAUUGAACGACAAAAAGGACAUGUGCAAGAUAAAUUCGAAAAUGUAGUUGUGAACGAAUUUAUAGAAUUAUUAAAGGAAUUUGAUGACCACUUGGGUAACUUAUUCUUAAGGGCAACUUUAACUGACGAAAACGUUAUUGAAAUUAUGUACUUGCUUACCUGGAGAUUCUUGUUCUUUGAUUGCAGUUUGAAGAACAUUAAAAACGUCUCAGCCACGGAUACGUAUAAUAUACUUACCAACUUAACGGUUCAUUAUACGUGGUUCUUCAAACACUCCUUACAGAAAAUUAGCACAAUUACAAAUGUUAAUCUAACCGAUAACUUAGAUGGGAUUGUCCAAAAAAUCAACAGAAAAUUAUCCAAACACUUCACUGUUCUUAAUAAAAUAUCAAAAAGCUUCCGCAAACACAAUAGCAGACCUCCUCCACUAAUUAACGAACAUCAAGUGGAAGUUAUUCCAGAUUACAACAACAUCGUCGAUAAGUAUAAUAUUUGUGACAGAAGAAACGACGCAAUCAAAAUACUAUCGAUACUUGACAAAGAUUCAGAAUUUAAGAAAGCUCUAAUAGACUUAAAAGAGAAAUUAAACUUUGACUUUACCGAUUUAUCAAAGGAUAUAACUUUGGUAAAAUCCCUCCAUGAAAAAUAUGAGGAAUUCAGCCCCGAAGAACUAUCUAAAUUUGCACUAGAGAUACUGCCCCUAAAGGACUAUUUUUAUCAACUAGAAAUGAAAAAUUCUUUGUGUAAUAUUCAAGAAAACAGCAUUACUAAUCAACCGAUAAAUUUGACAGUAUUAUCUGUAGAAAUUAAAGGAUUGUUAAAUCGGUUUGUACUAUCCAAAGAUCAACGUUUAAUACCUGAAAUUAAACGUCUUUGCCAAAUGUAUUUAAUGAGUUCAGCCUUUAUUAAACCGGUUAAAUAUUUGCGAACGGAACAGGAUGAAAUGAAGGAAGUAAAUUUAGCUAAUUUUACGCCGUUGUUGACUUUUUAUAUGAACUAUUUGUUGGUAAAUGCUUCAAGAAAUACCAUUUCAAACUUAGGCAACUUCCGAGAAUUAUUAAAGCAGCAUAAUCUUCUGAAACGUUUGCUGUGGAACAACGUGUCACAACUUUCCUCAAAUAGUUACAACUAUAUUGAACUGGAGUCCCGUUACGUUCAAAUCAGAUUCAAAGCAUUUAUUAGGGAAUUCAACGAAUCCUUAAACGGUAAAAACUGUGACAAUUUCUCACAAAAUAUUGAAGAUGUUCAAGCAGCACUCACCAAAAUACAGACCGAAGUAGGAAGUCGUAAAAGUGUCCAAUAUAUUAUUAAUAAAAUCGAUUACUGCAAUGAAAGAUUGGUGGCAUUUAAUAAUGAAACAAACCUGAACAACAAAUUGUUACUUCUUUCUGAUUUAUUUAUGAAUCUAAACUAUAUUGAGGCUAUAUUCAAUUCGAAUUUGUCUCUAAUCGAUCCUUUGGCCAAGAAGGCAUUAAAAAAGAAGUACUGUUUGCAGUCUAUUAGGCAGUUUGAAGAUAUGAAAACGGCCUUUGAGUUACAAAGCCAAGCAUUUAUAGAAGGUUCUGAACUGCAUAGUUACAUCAAACCAGUGAAUGCUUUACUAAAAAGAUUGAAAAACAAAAAUGAAGAGCUUGGAAAAUACGUCGCAGUAAGAUCAAAGACUGUAUUGUAUGAAACAAUGCUAAAACUUGUAAACCAUUCAUUUUCUACAAUUAUGUCUUUGGACUACGUGGAAACCGUAAUGAAGGAUCUAAAUGGCAGCAUUCAGUCACUAAUCCGUAGUCAUGAAACCGUCGAUUUAAAACAGUGUUCCAAGAUAUUAUCCCAGUAUGAGUCGUCUAUAAUAAGCUAUGAAAAUCUGUUUUAUGAGUGGGCAAACUUCAGAAGCACAUACCCGGAUAUAAUGGAGCCGUUACUCAGUAAUUUAGUUGAGUUUUUAUAUGGUCUAAAACUUAAGGUAGCUCUCUUGAGAAGGACCUUAAUGGAGUACGAGAACUCGACGAGGAAUGUAAAUGUCCAACAAACUUUACAGAAUCUUGUGAUAAUGCCGCACUUGAAUGAAAAUCAGCGAAGCUACGAGGAGCAUAUAGAAAACUAUAACACCACCAUAUUUAAAAAUUUCGUGCAUCUUAAAUUUCAGGACGAUAAACACGUUGUCGAAGAAGAGAAGUUUAGAAUUUUAAAAUGUGGUAUUCAUGAUACUUUCAAUAACUGCAUAAUUGAUGUAAAGACAUUAAAUAUUUUAACCAAAGAAUCGUUCUUACGUUUCCACGAAAUGAUUAACUUGUUUGUUAUAUCAUGUAAUAAAGAACAAGAAGAGAAAGAACAGAUGCAAAAAGAAGCCGAAAGCUUGUAUAAAAUUAAAACGAAAUGUGACGAUAAGACUGAAGAGGAGCAAAUUGAAGAUGAACUGAGGGAAUUAUUCCCCAAUCAUCAUGAUUCCGAUUUCCUGGACUUCCAAAAGAAAGACUUGGGCGAUGAUCCUAUAGUGAAGACUGAAGAAUCAAACUUUGGAAAUAUAAUGACAGACGAAAACUUAAAAUAUGCUAUGAAUUUGCAUAAAGCUCUUGUAUUAAAUUUCACAAAGUCGGAGUGGUUGAAUCCAAAACCAGAUAAAUAUAUUAAUUUUGAUUUCGUUCAUCCUUUGAUAGAAAAAUUCAAGUUAUUCAAAAAGUUAUUGGAUAAAUCUAUUGCAUGUUUAGACUUCAACCUUGACAACAAAUUAAUUGGAAGUCUGAGUAUUUUGUUAGAUGUUGUCCAAAAAUAUGGAGUUACAGCCCAUUUGUGUGAACAAAAAACUCCCACAAAACUUUUACACAAGUCUUCCAAUGAUUUUUAUAAAGAUCCAAACGUGGAGGAAGUUAAAUCUUGUUACCAUAUUUUAGAAGAACUCAAAAUUCGAGUUAAUCAACUUUUGGAUGAAUGGCCUGAACAACCUACAUUGAAAUCUAUUAUUACUGUAAUUGAAAGAAUUUAUAGUUUUGAUAUAACAAGCCCCAUAUCAAGGUUUUUAACAGGUUUUGAAAUACUCUUGAAUAAAUGUAAUGAAUGGGAAGAAGUGGCCCAUUCAGGAGUGACAUUGAGUCAAUAUUCCCAAGCUAUUACCCAACAAGUAAUCACUUGGAGAAAACUUGAGCUUAGUAUGUGGAAAGAUUUAUUAAACAAAACCUAUGAGAAAAUGACUGAUCCUAUUGCCAAAUGGUGGCUGUACAUGUACAACAUAAUGGAGCAAUUUAUAAUGGAUAAGAAAAUCACGACAGUAGAAUUGAUUGGAACUUUACAAUCAUUCAUGACAAAGUCCAGUUUGGCAGAAUUCCACUCUAGGCUUGAACUACUAUAUAUUUUCCAAUGCCAUGCAGUAUAUUUGGAAAAUACAAAACACACUGAAAAGUUUAUUAGUAUUCUGUGGAAUUUACAUUGUUAUUAUAAACAAUUCAGUACUGUUGUCACACAUAAGAUAAAAGAUCUUAGGGCUCCAAUUGAGAAAAAAUUGAAGGAUUAUGUAAAGAUUGUGAGAUGGAAAGAUAUAAACUAUUGGGCUAUCAAAGAAACUAUAGAAAAGUCUCACAGGACUUUACAUAAAUUUAUAAGGGAAUACAAAGAAGUUCUUUCACAACCAGUGUGUACCUAUCUAGUAAACACUACUACUGGAAAUACAUUUGAGUUUGUUGGAAUAUGGGACAGACCACAGAGGCAAAAUCCUUCAAAAUAUCAUUAUACUUUGGAUGUUGAUUCGUACAUUGCGAAGCAUUCACUUACUAAGAAAAUUUCUGAGACAUCUGUUACAACAGAAGAAGGAAUUCUGAGUAAAAUUGACUCAUAUUUCCUUAAAUCUAGAAAGCUCUGUAAAGAAACAAUCGUGGCUACAAAGUACCCUGUUCUGAUCCAAAAUUUGAACAGUUUCGUAACCGAUGUAAUAGACCGAAGUACGCAUUUGCAAAAUUUGGAAGUUGACACAACAUUACCAAAGGGCAAACAAAAAUCACAAGCCAAAAACAUACUCCAACAAAAGCAUAGAGCUUUGGCAGAUUUGUUCAAAACAUUGAGUAAAAUUGGACUUAACUUCAAGACUGGCAUUGUUGAGGCUAAACUUGAAGGACUCAGUGAUAAGUUUACCAUUAAACCCAUAGAUCUUUGUGCUAAUUUUGGUCACAUACACGUGGGAGCCAUGGAAGAAAAAGCGUUAACAAUUUGGGAUUGUUGUGAAUUAUACUAUGUAAAAUGUUUGAUGAGAACUGACGUCUUGAAUAAUGCACUAAAAAGUCCAGCCAAGGAUCUUGGUGUUCCUAAUAUGGAACGUUGUAAAGGUUUUACCGCACAUUUAUCGGCUCUAAUACAAAGACAAAAGUCAGAUAUAGUAAACACUACCCGUGUAUACUACUAUUUAAAAUAUUAUAUUAAACAAAUUACUAAUUAUUGUGAGGCAAAAGACUUUAUUCAUAUUUACAAAAUUGAGGCUGUGCAAUGUUUUUUGAAGAAUAUUAUCAUCGUUGCUAAUCAAUACAAAAUAAUUCUUAAUACGAGCCUUGACGUCAAUAUUGGCGAUGAAACUGCGGAAUAUCCCGUACUGCAGGAAAAUACAAAAUUAUUAAAUCUCCAAAAAGGUGACGAAAUGUGGUCAGAGGCUAUGAGACUUUUAAACGACAUGUUAAAUACAGCAACAAAAUUAAUAAGCGUCUUGCAAAAGCUGGUCAAUAUUGUCCCUAGUGCCGAAUAUUCUUUAGUUCAUUCCAAAUUUAUUCCCAUAAGUGAAACUGUUAAUAUAAAGUAUGAAUUGUCCCAAAUAUCAUCAUUAUUAGAAAAAUUAAUGGGUAUAUUUAAUGGCAUCACCUUAGGAAACAGUUUAUCGUGGUUGAAGGGAGAGUUAAAACUGUUAGAAAACCGUCUGGACGAAUCAGAAGCAGCAAUUGAGGAAGAAGUACAUAUUAACACGGAAGAUAUAGAAAAAUAUACUCAAAAAAUUUUAAUUGUUAUUCAAAAUAUAUUUAAAAAGUACUCAGAAACUAAAACUGAAACUGAUCCAUCAUCUGAGACACAAGAAGAAGACGAGCAACUAAUGCAAAACCAUCUCAAAUCUUUGUUAGUUGAACAGUUGUCUGAAGAUUUUGCAAUACUAGAGAUGAAGAAAAUCAUGAAAGCAACGCAUAAAAUUGCCAGUGCUGUAUUCGCAGCUUCACCUGAUCAAACGAAGAAACUGAGAGGCUUUUUACGACAGAGUGUUUUACUCCUAGAACAAACGCUUCUUCUUUAUCAGUACUUUAUCACACAACAAAUUUCUGCUUAUAGAAUUUCUUGCAAAUUAAAUUCCAUAUUAUUGAAUAUUUUCAUUGAUCUAGCUGCUAAAGGAUUUUGUGUUCCACCUGAACUUUCUGAUGAAAUGGAAGAAGGUGAAGGAAUGAGCAAACCCUCAGACGGGUUGGGACUGGGUGAAGGUCAAGGUGAAAGAGAUGUAUCUGAUAAAAUAGAGUCUGAAGAUCAACUAGACGAUGCACAACCUGCUGGGCAAGAAAAACAGAAAGAUGAGGACAAAGAUUGCAAAGAAGAAGAAAAAGGCAUUGAAAUGAGCGAAGAUUUUGACAGCAAACUCCAAGACAAGGAAAAAGCAGAAAAUGAUGAGAGUGAAAGUAACUCAGAUUCAGACGCUGAUGAACAAAUGGGUGAGACGGAAAAAGGUGCAGAUCAACUUAACGAGGAAAUUUGGGGUUCAGACAAAGAAGACGCUAAUGAAGAAAGCGGUGAUGAGGAACAGUCUGAACAAAAGGAAGAAAAAGGGGACAAGGGUGAAAAACAAGGUGAAGAUCAGAUGGGUGCAAAGGAUGACAAAUCUAAACCUCCCGAGAGUCAAGAAGAACAAUCCAACGGAGAAGAAAAUGAAAAAGAGAAGUCUAAGAAAGAAAUUAAUGAAAUGGAGGAGCCCGAAUUUGAUGAUGAACAAAACGACCCUUACCAUGGUAAACAACCUGAUCUUCCUGAACCAGAGCCAAUGGAUCUUCCAGAUGAUUUACAACUAGAUGAAGGACAAGAAAAAGACAAUGAAACCCAAGAAGAAAACCCAUUUGAUAUUGAUGCUAUGAAGGAACAACAAGUUCCUGAAGAUAACGAUAAGGAGAACUCAGAAGAGCCCGAAGAAGAAAAGAAAAAUGAUGAGGCUGAAGACUUUAGCAGUGACGAUGAAGAAAUAAACAAGAAUGACGAGAAUAAUGAUGGCGGUAAUGAAGAAACAGAAAUAAAUGACACGGAAAAAGAAAAUAAAGAAAAGGAAGAAGACAAGGGUAUGAAUGAAGGAGAAGUUGAAAAGGAAGAUGACGAAAUGAACAUGGAUGAAAAUAAAGACAAUGAGGAGAGUACAUUAGAUCAAACAGCUACAAAUCAAGAAAAUGUCGAAGCAAUGGAUGUAGAUGAGGCGGCUGCCACGGAUAAGACACAGUCAAAUCCGGCAGAAAACCAAAAAUCGAAUCAGCCCAUUGAUGAAUUGUGCCAAGAAGAAAAUCCUGACAAAGAAGGAGUAGGACAAUCUCAAAUGGAGGAGAGCAAAACCGGUCAUUCUGCUCAAACUAAUGCUCCGCAAGAGAGUUCAUCUUUAAAACGGGAGAGAGAAGAAGAGGAAAUUAAGAAGCAGAAACCUGGUGAAUCAGAUAAUAAGCGAAGUCUAGGAGAUACAAACGAACCUACAAAGAAGAAACUAAAAACAAUAGAAGCAACCGAUAAUAAACAAGAUGAAGGAGAGAAUGGCGAUGAGCAGCAAAAGGCGGAAAUGUACCAGCACAUAAUGGAUGCUGAAAAAUCAUCAACUCAAGUAUUGGAUGCUGCAACAGAUGAACAGGCUGAAGCUCAGCAAAAGGAAACUCCGAAUGUUGAAGAGGAAGAAGCUGAAGAAGCUACGGAGUCUCAAGUGGAUUUGCCAUCAGAAGAAAAGGAUAAGGACGAGGAAAUGCCGGAAGUUGUUUCUGAAAAGGCCGAAGUCUUGGAUCAAGCAAAAGACAAAAAAUCCAAGAAAAAACAACAUCCAGAAGGUGAUAUUCUGGAGGACAUGCAGGAUGUUGAUGUGGAAGGAGAAGUUGUGGAUACUUUAACAGUUCCUAGAAGUAGUGAGACUACGCAUCAUACAGAGCUGUCAUUGUUAACAGAAAUGGUAGCGGAAAGAUUAUCAAACGAAGAAAUCAACUUGUUGAGAGCAGACGUUGAGAAACAACUGUCCGCUUGGAACGAACCACCAUCCAACAAUGAGGCCCAACAAGCGUGGCAGAAGAUUUCUUCAGUUACAUCCAGUUUAGCUCAAGAUUUAUCCGAACAGCUGCGCCUCGUACUUGAACCCACUCAAGCCAGUAGAUUAAAAGGCGAUUUCAGAACUGGUAGACGAAUAAAUAUGAGAAAGGUCAUUCCGUACAUUGCGUCGCAGUUUAGAAAAGAUAAAAUUUGGCUAAGACGGACCAAACCAUCGAAAAGAGAGUAUCAAAUUGUUCUGGCAAUCGACGAUUCGUCCAGUAUGGCCGACAAUCAUUCCAAGGAAUUGGCGUUCGAAAGCGUGGCUAUGAUCUCCAGAGCCCUAACUCUACUUGAAAGUGGACAACUUUCAGUUUUGAGUUUUGGAGAGACUACAGAAGUGGUACACAAACUUUCAGACCAAUUCACUGAUAAAAGUGGAGUGAAACUUUUGCAAAAGUUUAAAUUUGACCAAAACAAAACUUGUGUGGCCAAAUUACUCGAUUUCACCACAGAAAUGUUCAACCAGUCACAAAUGCAAUCGACUGCUGUAAAUGCGAAACUGUUGGUUAUUGUCAGUGAUGGCAGAGGCGUAUUUUCGGAAGGCGAAACUGUGGUGAGACAGGCGGUUAGACGAGGACGGCUGGCCAAUAUUUUUACGGUGUUUGUUAUAAUCGAUAAUCCUCAAAACAAAAGCUCAAUUCUGGAUAUCAGGAUGCCAGUAUUUAAAGACGGAAAGCUGCAACAUAUUGUAAAUUAUAUGGACGCAUUCCCAUUUUCAUUUUAUAUUAUUUUAAAGGAUAUUAAUUCCCUGCCUAGCGUUUUAAGUGAUGCUUUAAGGCAAUGGUUUGAAAUUGUAACUAAUUUAGAUAAUCAAUAAAAUGUAUUUUCUUUUAAAUAAACCUAUUUUAAAUUA